AUAGUCAGCCUGCAGUCUUUUAACUAUGAGGAGACUAAAACGUUUCAGUUUAAAGUUCAGGCCACAGACUCUGGUGUUCCUCCACUCAGCAGCAACGUGACUGUCAACGUUUUAAUUCUAGAUGAAAAUGACAAUAAUCCAACAAUUCUUGCACCCUAUUCUGAGCACGGCUCCGUUAAUAGUGAAAGCAUCCCCUAUUCUGCUGAAGCGGGAUACUUUGUGGCAAAGAUCAGGGCUGUAGACGCAGACUCUGGAUACAACGCACUGCUCUCUUAUCACCUCUCUGAGCCCAAAGGAAACAACCUCUUCCGGAUCGGAACCAGCACCGGAGAAAUCAGGACUAAGAGGAGAAUGAGUGACAAUGACCUGAAGACUCACCCCUUGGUGGUGCUGGUUUCUGAUAACGGAGAACCCUCCCUGUCAGCUACUGUGUCUAUUGAUGUGGUGGUGGUUGAAAGCACAGCUGACAUCCAGACUCAGUUCAGACAUGUGCCCAUAAAGGAGGACAGCUUCUCGGACUUGAACCUGUAUCUGCUGAUCGCCAUUGUGGCGGUGUCAGUGAUCUUUCUGCUCAGCCUCAUCACUUUAAUAGCUGUCAAAUGCCACAGGACAGACGGCACUUUCAGCAGGUACAGCGCCCCAAUGAUCACCACCCACCCUGACGGGAGCUG